UUUCAGUAUUGUUGKGCAUUGUCCAGAGCUCAUCAGAAAGUUAAUUGUGGACUUUCUACUCUUGAAGCUGAUGCAGGAACAUCCAAAAUUCUUACAAGUCCUAACUACCCUGCCAACUACAAUCCAUCCUUAAUUUGUUCCUGGAAAAUAACAUCUCGUUAUACUUCCCUCAAUGUGCAGUUAAAGAUUGUAAGUUUUGAUACUACUGGGACCAGUGGAGCYUGUACAAAURAAACUGAUAAUCUAGAGGUCUACAAUGCUCUUGAUGAUAAAUCAAGUGAAAAACUUGUUGCAAGAUACUGUGGUAGCAAUGUACCAGAAAAUUUGACCAUUUCUAGUACUGGAGAUAACUAUYAUCUAUACCUAAAAUUUACUAGUCAAAGUAAUAAAACCAAGAAAGGCUUUAAAAUGGAAUACAUGGCUGUUCAAGAUUCAAAUUGUGGCUCAUUUCUUCUUGAUGCUGAACUUGACAAACCAAAGAUUCUAACAAGUCCAAACUAUCCCGCUAACUACCCUCCUCAGGCAAAAUGUUCUUGGCUUAUCACAGCAYCUUCAGGGAAAUUUGUAAAACUGAACUUCACUAACAUUGAACUGGCGGAUCCUGAUAAGUACUUUGGAAGAUGUAACCAUAAAUUUGAUACUUUAAAAGUAAUUAAUUCCAAUCAAAGCUAUUUGUCUGAUUUAUAUCUUCUUGGAAAGUACUGUGGCAGCAUUGUACCUGCCAAUGUGAUUUCAUCCGACAGAUACUUAACUUUAAUCUUUUCAAGUAAUAAUAAUACAAAACAAGGCUUCAGAUUGGAGUACUCUGCCCUUCCCUCCCCUGCCAGUUACUAUUCCAUGUGUAUGCCAUUGAAUUCUUUGCUGAACCCUGGUUCUUUAGUUUUGGAUUUGAAAGCUUCUAGUAGUUACCARUAUAUCAGAAGCCCUCUGUACCCACACAAAUACCCUAGCAAUUUGUACUGCUCCUGGGAUAUUACUGCUUCGUCAAGCUCCAAGAGAAUCAAAGCUGAAGUGACUGACUUGAAAAUCAKUAACAAGGUUGUAUUUUCAUGCACAAACCUACCACAUUUGACAGAUGCCUUAGAAAUCAAAGGUGGUGAUAAUUCUGCUCAUUAUUGUGACCUUAACAAUGACACAACUAAAACAGUGAUAUCAUCAGGUCAGCGUAUGUCGAUUGUGUUCAGAACCAAUGCUGAUAACUUCUUUAGGGAAGAUACAGCAGGGUUUGAAUUGAGGUUCGUGGAGAUAAGCCAUGCUUCUAUCUUAAAGUUUGGUGUUGGGGUUGUUAUUCUUGCUCAGUCUUUGGUGCAAAUGAUUUGAUUAUGUCCUGCAUUCCUGUAAAUCAUAGCUAAGCUUGAUA